AUGCCGAACAACAACUUGUCAUCCGCAAAGGCUCAGCCCUGGAAGAAAGGAUGGAUUGCUCGGAACUCGCUAGGCGUGAAAAAGCAGCCCCCAAAGGGUACAACCCACGGCACCAAAGAAGGCGAGAGGCUCAUUCAAGGGGGCCACACAUUCGGCAUACCUAUCAAGAUAGUACCCGCUGAGGCUCAGUGA